UUUAUGUUAUUCAAUUUCAAUGAUAAAAUCUCCGCAUUUUUCAAGUUUAAUUCAUUGAAUUAUAAGUGCAUUGUGAUUUAAAUAAUGUCACUAAACGAUUUACCUGAUAAUUGUCUUUGGAAGAUCUUUGAAAAUAUCGAUGAGGCCAAAGAUUUGAUUCGAUUGUCUAAAGUUUGUUCGAGAUGGUCCGGUUUAAUUAGGCCGAGAUUUAAUCGAGUAAAAUAUCUUCAUUUGAUGGAUGAUGAUGAUGCGGUUGAUUAUAUCGAUGCGAAAAGUUUGUGGAUUAAUUCUGAUACGAAUUGGAAUUAUUGCAAUUUAUUCAAAUUGUUUCCUAACCUUAAGAUUAUAUAUUCUGCGGCCUUUGAUUAUCAUUCAGCUUUAAAUUUGUCAGAAAUUGUCAAAAAUAAUCCACAAAUAAAGGGAUUUAUUGGAUAUUCGGAUUUCCAAAGAAACAGUUAUGACUUGUCAAAUAUCGAAAUGAUCUCUACACAGUCUCUUGACUUGAAUUAUAAGCAAGCUUUUCGACCUGAUCAGUUGAAACAAGUUUGCUGCCACGAUUUUGAUAUGAAUAAUCUUCAUUCAUUCAUUGGAUAUUUUCAAAAUUUGAAACGACUCCACUUGCGACUCUAUAAAGCGGACGGCGUUUUUACAAUGGACCAAAUCUGUCUUGGUUAAAGAUUCUUGAACUUCAUACAAGCAUUUUAGUUGACCA